AUGAAGUCGGCCGUGGUCUCAACCGUCGUUCUACUAGUGAUUCUCGUGGCCUGGCCGGUAUCUGCUGGCUAUAAAGACUCACCGGGAGCAGAAGGAUACAAAGGCGAGGAAGACGAGGGUGACACAAGGUCAUGGUUUCCUUUGGACAAUCUGUUAUCAUUGAGUUAUUAUGACAAAAUUUGUCCGAGUUUUGAGAAAAUCGUUGCUACCAAAGUGAGGGAAUGGACAAAGACUGACCCUUCCCUUGGUCCCGCCCUCCUCCGCCUUCUCUUCCACGAUUGCGGUGUCACGGGAUGUGAUGCGUCCGUUCUUCUAGACCACGAAGGAUCAGAGAGAAGAUCUCCGGCGAGCAAAACCCUAAGAGGCUUUGAGCUGAUCGAAGACAUCAAGUCCGAGCUCGAGAAAUCUUGCCCCGGCUUAGUCUCCUGCGCAGAUAUCCUAACCGCAGCUAGCCGUGACGCCACCUACCAACUCGGUGGUCCUUACUGGUCCAACGCAUACGGUCGUCGUGACUCCACCAACUCUUACGCUGGAGACGUCGAGAAAGUCCCUUCAGGCCGCCGUGACAUCACCGGACUUCUCGAGACGUUUCAGUCAUACGGACUGAACAUCCUCGACCUAGUCGUCCUCUCCGGGGCUCACACCAUCGGAAAAGCCAACUGUGGAACCAUCCAGUCGAGGCUUUACAACUUCAACGCCACCGGUGGAUCUGAUCCGUCGAUUGAUCCCAAAUUCGCAGAUUACUUGCGUCGCAAGUGUCGUUGGGCCUCAGAGACAGUUUACCUCGACGUCGUGACUCCGAUUGCAUUCGAUAACCAGUAUUACAUCAAUCUCAGGAAGAAUAUGGGAGUCUUGACGACUGAUUCGGAGCUUGUCAAGGACCCGAGGACCGCUCCUCUUGUAGCUGCUUUCGCUGAGGGACCGCCUCAGAUAUUCAGACAGCAGUUUGCUGUGUCGAUGGCUAAGCUGGUCAAUGUUGGUGUCCUCACUGGUGAAGAUCGUGUCGGAGAGAUCAGGAAGGUUUGCAGCAAAUCUAACUCCAGAGCUUACUGA